UUUCCUGCGCGCCGCGAUGACUCAUCUAGAAAAUUGUUCUACUUUACCUUCUAAUCAUAUUUCAUUCAUGUGAAUCAAGGAAACAGAGGCUCUGUUCUAGAUUAUCCCAUUACCGCUUCCUUGUCGUAGUGAGAAAGUUAAGGUUUUUCUGCAAAAGAUUCACACUGUAUCCAGUCAGCUAUGAAAUCUUCCGUACCUCGCGUCGGCCUUAGUUUCAUGGCUGUGUUCGUGUUGGGUUUGGUCUUUCAAGGCGCCUCUGCCGUGAGAGACUUGCAUCAUGAAAACGAAGUUGCUGGAAAAGCUCAUCUGCGAUUAGAUAAAAGAUCUGUUAGCAAAAACGCAACACCCAACAUGCCGAACAUUCUGAAACGACUGAAAGCCUUGGAGGAAAAGCAUGACAAGAGUCUUAAAAGCGCAAACUUAACAACGCAACGAUUGCAAGAAUUGGAGAAAAGAAUUGAGGCCUUGUUAAAACCCAGGUCAAGUGAUUCCUGGUGGAUGGACUACGUUUUGGGGCGAGACGGUCGAAAUAACGGGCAAGGCAUGAUGGGACCUCCUGGACAGCCUGGAACGCCUGGACAAAUUGGUCCAAAAGGUCCUAAAGGAGAUCAGGGAAGUAAGGGCGAUAAAGGGGAAGACGGAAAGUCUGGGGUGAAGUAUGUUCGUUGGGGAAGGACCACAUGUCCUAGUGGAGCUGAAGUUGUUUACAAAGGUUUAAUUGGUGGUGAGCAUUACACCCACCCAGGCGGGGGAGUGAAUUAUCUUUGCCUUCCAUACGAUCCAAAGUACGACAAAUACAACGAUGGAGGGCAGAACUCGGGAUUCAUGUAUGGCACUGAGUAUGAAAUCAGCGGUUUCAACCCAUUUACGAAAAAUCUCAAUGAACAUGACGCACCGUGUGCUGUGUGCUUCGUCAAGUCACGUGGCUCAAUGCUUAUGAUGCCCGCACGGAAUGAUUGUCCAUCUGGCUGGACCGAGGAGUAUCAUGGGUACCUGAUGACUGGAUACUACAACUACAACAAAGCAUAUGAGUUCGUCUGUGUCGACGAGGAUGCAGAGUAUGUUCCCGGUAGUCAGGCCAACAAGAAUGGUGCCUUACUCUACUUCGUGGAAGGAGCAUGUGGCUCACUCCCGUGCAACCCAUAUGUCAACGGAAGAGAGUUGACAUGCGCUGUGUGCACCAAGUGACCGGAGACCGCCAUUCCAUUGGAAACCGGAAAGAUGGAACAUGUGAUUUCAUAGUCUUCACUAGUUCUGGUAAUU